UGGUACUGGGUGAAUGACUCGGCGGCUUAAAUUUGACAGUUGUACGGUGAAUAAAACAACAAAUUCGCUUUGUGUGAGAAACUGAUUUAAAGAUGUCUCAGCUUGAAGAUAAGUCGAUAUGGGAGGAUGGGGAUGAUACGCUGGGCGAAGAAGUCCUCAGGAUGUCCACUGAUGAAAUUGUAAGCCGUACUAGGCUUUUGGAUAACGAAAUAAAAAUAAUGAAAAGCGAGGUUAUGCGUAUCAAUCAUGAAUUGCAAGCUCAAACAGAGAAGAUUAAAGAGAAUACUGAAAAGAUUAAAGUGAAUAAAACUCUUCCUUACUUAGUUUCUAAUGUAAUAGAAUUGUUAGAUGUAGAUCCACAAGAAGAAGAAGAAGAUGGGGCUGUAGUUGACUUAGAUUCUCAACGCAAAGGUAAAUGCGCUGUUGUCAAAACCUCUACACGUCAAACGUACUUUUUGCCUGUCAUUGGGUUAGUUGAUGAGGAAAAAUUGAAACCAGGCGAUCUUGUAGGAGUAAACAAAGACUCUUACUUAAUUCUUGAAACUCUUCCUGCAGAAUAUGAUGCCAGAGUCAAAGCAAUGGAAGUAGAUGAACGCCCCACCGAACAAUAUUCUGAUAUUGGUGGUUUAGACAAACAAAUCCAAGAGUUAAUUGAAGCUGUAGUUCUUCCAAUGACACACAAAGAAAAAUUUGUAAACCUCGGCAUUCACCCCCCUAAAGGAGUAUUAUUAUAUGGUCCCCCUGGCACAGGUAAAACCCUACUAGCCAGAGCAUGUGCUGCACAGACAAAAUCAACAUUUUUAAAACUUGCUGGGCCUCAGUUGGUCCAAAUGUUUAUUGGUGAUGGUGCCAAAUUGGUGCGUGAUGCUUUUGCACUCGCCAAAGAAAAAGCCCCUGCUAUUAUUUUCAUUGAUGAGUUGGAUGCCAUUGGUACAAAACGUUUUGAUUCUGAGAAAGCUGGUGAUCGUGAGGUACAACGUACCAUGUUAGAGUUGCUGAACCAGUUGGAUGGCUUCAGUUCCACUGCUGAUAUUAAGGUUAUUGCUGCUACUAAUAGAGUGGAUAUUUUGGAUCCUGCGCUUUUGAGAUCUGGAAGAUUGGAUAGAAAGAUUGAGUUCCCUCAUCCAAAUGAAGAAGCAAGAGCAAGAAUCAUGCAAAUUCACUCAAGAAAAAUGACUGUAAACCCAGAUGUGAACUUUGAAGAAUUGGCCAGGUCUACCGAUGACUUUAAUGGGGCCCAAUGUAAGGCAGUGUGUGUUGAAGCUGGUAUGAUUGCUUUGAGAAGAAGCGCCACAGCUGUCACCCAUGAAGAUUACAUGGAUGCUAUUAUGGAAGUACAGGCCAAGAAGAAGGCCAACUUAAACUACUAUGCUUAAAAAAUUAUAGAUUUAGGUUAAAUUUAAUAGAGC